AUGGCGCAGCAGCAAGAGCAGAAUGUUCAAAAGAAGGGGAAAAAGAACAAAAAGAAGCAGGCGAACAACCAACAUCACGACCAGGAGCAUCUUCAAAACUACACUACCGCUGAUCAGGCAGGAAUGAGCAAUUGCUCCGAGGCUGGUGCAGGGAAUCCUGGAGAUCAAGUGCAAGCAGACCAGCAGUCUCAAUCCUCCAAGUCCGCACAGUGCUCUCCCUCUAUCGGACCCUGGGGCGCACGAGCCACCGUGCCCGAUCAGGAGGUCGAAUUGGCAAAGCGCGUUUCUAACAAUUUGCAGCUGGCACAGCACGUGGACAAUCCGUACGGGGCGGCUGCUGCUUCCGGUCACGUUGACAAUCCGUAUGGCGCGGCUGCCGGGGGUGCCGCCCCGAGUUCCUUGAGCAGUUUCCAACUUUGCAGCC